AUGAUCACGGAUCGAAAACAUAUCGGCCAAAUUCAGGGUAAAAGUGUUUAUAUAGUGAAAAACGUUAUAAUUUUGCCUUUGGAUUUUGAUCAUGCUUGUAGAAUUCUGGAAAGAUACGUAAGUUAUAUUAUUAUUUUAUCAAAAAGUUUAAAUGUUGCUAUUCACCGCGUCAAUUUUGAUUUAAAGUCCUGGCCUGUGGAUGACGAUGAUCAAGGAAGUGCUUGUGAUGAUAGUGGCACGACUGGGUCGCAUCAACGAUAUAUUUCUAGUGUGAUUGAGGAGACUAUCGUAGACCCCCAAAAUACUGACAAAACUGUUGAUCUAUCGUCAUCACCUACUUUAAUGACCCCUUCUAUUGAAGUUACACCACCAGCAGAAUCACAAACAAAAAAGCAACCACUUUCAGCGUUUGUUUCAAAAAUGAGGACUGCGUGGUCAGACUUCGGGCGGAGAAGAUCUCCAUCGUUAUAUUCCAAUGGAUCAGAUUCAGAAGAUUAUGAUAAGGAUAUAGAAUGGGAGACAAUAAUAUCAGUCAACGAAACAUAUGUGAAUGCGGACUCAAAUGAGGAUUCGGCAAAAGGACCAUCUACUGGUAAGUUGUCGAUAACUACCGGUUUAUCAAAUGCAGCGAAGAAGGUUACUGGCGCUUGGGAAGGUUUCGCAAACGAUGUUGGAAGCCCAAAAACUCUUAAUGUUAAAGACCCAAUUGAAAAGAGAGUUAUGGAUUCAAGGAUCACGAGAGAAAUCGCGUCAUUGUUUCGUUCGGAUGCAUUUUUCUAUUCUUAUGAUAUUGAUAUUACGACUUCUCUACAGCAGAAGUAUGAACGGGGUCAAUUAAAGGAUCAGCCACUAUGGAAACAAAUUAAUAAGAAAUUUUGGUGGAAUGAACAUAUGCUUAAAAAGUUUAUAGAGCUCGAGCUACAUGCUUGGAUAUUACCACUAAUGCAAGGCUAUGUGCAAUCAGAGCAUUGUGAGAUUGAAGAUCGAGUAUUUGAUUUUAUGAUCAUUUCUCGAAGAAGUCGAGAAAGACCAGGGCUGAGAUAUCAGCGCAGAGGUGUCAAUGAACAAGGGGCUGUAGCAAAUUAUGUUGAAACUGAACAAAUCCUUUCAAUUAAGAUUGAUGAUUCAAAUCAUGAUGUCUCAUUUUUACAAGUCCGUGGUUCAAUUCCAUUAUUCUGGUCUCAAUCUCCAUAUAGUCUAAAACCGAAACCGACUCUUGAAAGAUCUGCAGAUGAAAAUGCUGAAGCGUUUGCAAAGCACUUUGACAGUCUAUUAAACACAUAUGGGUACACUAAUUGCAUAAAUCUGGUCGAGUCCCAUGGAAGAGAAGCAAUUAUUGGUACCACUUAUCGCGAAGCCAUUCAAAAUUUAGGAAAUAAAAAUAUUGAGUAUAUCGAGUUUGAUUUUCAUAAAGAAUGCAGAGGGAUGAAGUAUGAAAACAUUUCCAAGUUAGUGUCUACACUGGCUAGAAAUUUCCAUUCUAUGAGCUAUUUCUGGCAAGCUGGCAAUAAUGAAGUUCAUUGUAAGCAAGUGGGAAUAUUUCGCACGAAUUGUAUGGAUUGUUUGGAUAGGACGAAUGUUGUACAGAGCGCAUUAGCACGAGAAGUUUUAAACCUACAACUUCUUAGACUUGGCAUCUCAGAAUUCAUAGAUGGUGGUAUAUCACAUUAUGAAGAAUUUGAAAAUAUUUUUAAUGAUGUUUGGGCAAAUAAUGGCGAUUCUAUAAGUAGAGAAUAUGCAGGAACCAGUGCUUUGAAAGGAAAACGAAAUCUUCAAGGAGUUGUCAAUGAUGCGUCAAAUUCGUUGGCUAGAAUGUUUCAAAAUACAUUUAAAGACUUCUUUAGACAGGCAACGAUUGAUUAUCUUCUUGGCAAUCAUUCAUUGGAUGUAUUUCAAGAAUUGCAGCAAAAGUUUGAAGCAUCACAACCUGGUGAUGCUGAAAGGUGGGCAAAAAUUAGAGCCAAUGCCAUUGAUAUUAGCAGUUCAAUUGUUAUUGUUGAUAAUGAAGAGAAAGUUGAUGGGUGGACUUUUUUGUCUCCAAGUGAACCAAACACACUGCGAAGUAAAUCGUAUGAGGAAAAAGUAUUGUUAUUAACCAAAAAAGCAUUAUAUGUAUGCACGUUUCAUUAUCGUCUUGAAAAAGUUGUACAAUUUAAGAGAAUUGGAUUGGGCGAAAUUGUUUGCAUUGAAAAGGGCGAAUAUAUAUUAUCAACAUUAUAUCCAUCGUGUGUAACACCAGAAGAUAAUUAUGGGUUUGUAAUAUACUAUCGAGCAUCGGGUGAAUCAAGCCGAGUAAAUAGCGGCAGUAUGAGAAAUAACAAUAACUUCGAUGAAAUCAAAAAAACUGUAUUUCCAUUAAAUAAAGCUGAUGACACCGGAAUUGGUGAUAAUAGAAUAAACUCUUUACCAGUGAGUCCUAAAAUUGACAACGAAGAUAAAAGGUUUAUGGCUUUUAAAGCAUUUCGAAGUAAUUUAGUUGGCGAAGCAACAAAAUUUGAUGGUGGUGCAGGGGGGACUAUUCCUAAUAGUUUAAGCAAUAAAGAUGGCAAAGGAACCAAUGAGGCUAAAGCAGCCGAAAGAGUUACUAGCAAGCAAGUCGUUAAUGAAGUUGUCGAUGAGCUUGUUAAAGCAUGUAGGGAUAUUGGAAACGUCGAAGAUGGAUUUGUCAUUGAAAAACCAAUCAUAGGGUACAUAUUUUUCGAUGGUAUUGCAAAGGACAAUUAA